AUGAGGUCUUGUUAUGUUGACCAUGCUGGUUUUGAACUCCUGGCCCCAAGUGAUCCUCGUAAACUAACUUUGAAACUUAUUAUAGCAGGCUUGUUGUGAUCAGAUGAAGUUAUAUCAGGUCCAAACUUUGUAUGUUUGUCUGACUCCAGUUUUGAAUUGCAUGAAAUGACUUAAUCUUUCCAUUAUUCUGCUUAAAAAACAAUUCAAAACAAUUCAAAUUUAGGAAUGAGACUCCACAAUGAAGCCCCACAGCAACGAAAGUGGUCAGCUUGUUUCUAAACGGAAAUCCCCAACUGCCACACCACAUCAAUCAUCUGACAUAUAAUCUCACUUCCACUAAGCUGGAAUCUACUUUAAACAUCAGGUCUCUGGAUGAAGAAUUUUAGUUUAGUGGGUUAUGUAGCAGAAAUGCCUAAAUCCAGAGCACUAUUUUAGUGUUGGCAGAAAUUGCUUCUCUUCAAACAGCAGAGAAGAACAAGGAUUUUAAGUUCAAAGUUUUUGUCUAAGCACAGUUUCUAAUGUUUCUACCCGUUAUCUCAUUAAAAAGAAUAAAGAAAUAGGGGUGGGGAUAGAAUCACAUUCAUCUACUUUCAUAGAAGGUGCACACUGGAGUCCUGCAGAUACCAUUUAUUUGAUCUAUAUUUUAAAAAUCAGGGAAAUGCCACAUUAGAAAAAAGUUCCAGGUUUUUGGUUCUCCUAAGAAACUGGAACCUCUGGGCGCAGUGUGUGUGCCUAUCUUCUUUUGCGGAAAAGUAGGCUGGAGCUGAGAAUUGGCUGCUCUCUUUACACAGGCUCUACAGUUUACCAUUCCCUACCACUCCUGAAGGUUUUACACCCAUAUUUAUUUUGCUGCUUCACCCUGCAGUCAGGAGACUCCUGUAGUUUAUGAAACUGAUGCAACGGGGCUUUUUUUUUUUUUUUUUUUUGGUAGGGGGUGCAAAUCUCUUUGAUUUGAGGGAGACGCAGUGGUCGCUUUUGCUUCCAAACAGCCUUAAAUCUGCCCGCUUUUCAACGAUCUGACCCUACUUUUUCAGGGUGGCCAAAAGCACAAAAUUAUGAAUCAAAGAAUAGUCCCCAAUUACCACGAGCCAGCUGUGACCUUGGGCGACUCCGUUACGUUCUUUUAGCCAAGAGUGAUGAAUGGUCUGCAAAACGGCCUUAAUACCUGCUCUGAAUACCCCCACAUGGCUGUGGUACAGCAGGCGUGAGAUGUUUAAAGUACUCCUAAAUAAUUAAUAAACUGCAAAACGCUUCCCAGCACAGGCGUCCGCUACAGAGCGCGACGACACCGAGACGGUUUAGAAGUCCAGUUACUGGAAUCCACUCCAGUUCCGUCCUGCUCCCACCUCCCACGCUCAGGGUGGGCGAGCGGAAGGAGAUUCUCAAGGGAGAAGGCCUGGAAAACUGGCUAAGAAACGAAGCGAGAAGUUCCUCAGCAGGGGUAAAGUUGUUGGCGGCAUUUUUAAGCCCCUAGAAUGGCACAGCGACUCCCGGUCGAGAUGACGGACCCCGGUGCGUGACUAGCGCGGGAGCCAGUCCCGGGCCACCUCCCUGCUUGAAGUCGGGCCUGGCCAUUACCCUCCCGGCGCAACCCCGGACCCGGGACCCCUGACUUUGCCCUGGUCCCCAACCCCCACAAUCACCUCCCCUGGUCCCUCUCCACGUGACAAGAGCCGGAACCGUCACUUCCGGCGGCGCGGGCAGCGCGCCUGCGCGGGGCGCCCGGCCUCAAUGAGCGGUUGGCAGCAGCGCCCCCCCCGCCAACGGCCACGAGUGGCAGGCGGCUCGGGUCCGGCCGGGGCGGCGGCGGCGCGACGGGCUGCGGUCCUGCGGGUUUGCGGCCUGAGACGUCUAGCCCACUCCCUGGAGGGGCCGGCCGCCCAGCCUCCUUCGCUCUCUCCCUCUACCCCGGCUCGCGCUCCAGGCGCUUAGUGAGGCGGCGGGGCGCCCGGGGCACUGGCAGAGGCGGCUGUGUCGACCCUGCAUUCGGACCCGCCCCCUCGCGCCCCGCCCCGUCCCCGCCCUCCCCACCGCCCUCUGCGGGAGCCGGGCAGCUGCAGCGGAGCCGCGGAGCGGGCGGCGGGGCCCGGGCUGUGCGGUUGGGGAGCGCGGAAUGUGAGGCUUGGCGGGCCGCAGCGCGCACGGACGCUCGGAGGGGCCAGGAGCGGCUACCCCUCGCGGACGCCCGGCUGCGCGCCGGGCCGGGGACUUGCCCUUGCACGCUCCCUGCGCCCUCCAGUUCGCCGGCGGGACCAUGAAGAAGUUCUCUCGGAUGCCCAAGUCGGAGGGCGGCAGCGGCGGCGGAGCGGCGGGUGGCGGGGCUGGCGGGGCCGGGGCCGGCGCCAGCUGCGGCUCCGGCGGCUCGUCCGUGGGGGUCCGGGUGUUCGCGGUCGGCCGCCACCAGGUCACCCUGGAAGAGUCGCUGGCCGAAGGUGGAUUCUCCACAGUUUUCCUCGUGCGUACUCACGGUGGAAUCCGAUGUGCAUUGAAGCGAAUGUAUGUCAAUAACAUGCCAGACCUCAGUGUUUGUAAAAGGGAAAUUACAAUUAUGAAAGAGCUAUCUGGUCACAAAAAUAUUGUGGGUUAUUUGGACUGUGCUGUUAAUUCAAUUAGUGAUAAUGUAUGGGAAGUCCUUAUCUUAAUGGAAUAUUGUCGAGCUGGACAGGUAGUGAAUCAAAUGAAUAAGAAGCUACAGACAGGUUUUACAGAACCAGAAGUGUUACAGAUAUUCUGUGAUACCUGUGAAGCUGUUGCAAGGUUGCAUCAGUGUAAGACUCCAAUAAUUCACCGGGAUCUGAAGGUAGAAAAUAUUUUGUUGAAUGAUGGUGGGAACUAUGUACUUUGUGACUUUGGCAGUGCCACUAAUAAAUUUCUUAAUCCUCAAAAAGAUGGAGUUAAUGUAGUAGAAGAAGAAAUUAAAAAGUAUACAACUCUGUCAUACAGAGCCCCUGAAAUGAUCAACCUUUAUGGAGGGAAACCCAUCACCACCAAGGCUGAUAUCUGGGCACUGGGAUGUCUACUCUAUAAACUUUGUUUCUUCACUCUUCCUUUUGGUGAGAGUCAGGUUGCUAUCUGUGAUGGCAACUUCACCAUCCCAGACAAUUCUCGUUACUCCCGUAACAUACAUUGCUUAAUAAGGUUCAUGCUUGAACCAGAUCCGGAACAUAGACCUGAUAUAUUUCAAGUGUCAUAUUUUGCAUUUAAAUUUGCCAAAAAGGAUUGUCCAGUCUCCAACAUCAAUAAUUCUUCUAUUCCUUCAGCUCUUCCUGAACCGAUGACUGCUAGUGAAGCAGCUGCUAGGAAAAGCCAAAUAAAAGCCAGAAUAACAGAUACCAUUGGACCAACAGAAACCUCAAUUGCACCAAGACAAAGACCAAAGGCCAACUCUACUACUACUGCCACUCCCAGUGUGCUGACCAUUCAAAGUUCAGCAACACCUGUUAAAGUCGUUGCUCCUGGUGAAUUCGGUAACCAUAGACCAAAAGGGGCACUAAGACCUGGAAAUGGCCCUGAAAUUUUAUUGGGUCAGGGACCUCCUCAGCAGCCACCACAGCAGCAUAGAGUACUCCAGCAACUACAGCAGGGAGAUUGGAGAUUACAGCAACUCCAUUUACAGCAUCAUCAUCCUCACCAGCAUCAGCAGCAACAGCAGCAACAGCAGCAGCAGCACCACCACCACCACCACGUACUUCAAGAUGCUUAUAUGCAGCAGUAUCAACAUGCAACACAGCAGCAACAGAUGCUUCAACAACAAUUUUUAAUGCAUUCGGUAUAUCAACCACAACCUUCUGCAUCACAGUAUCCUACAAUGAUGCCGCAGUAUCAGCAGGCUUUCUUUCAACAGCAGAUGCUAGCUCAACAUCAGCUGUCUCAACAACAGGCAUCACCUGAAUAUCUUACCUCCCCUCAAGAGUUCUCACCAGCCUUAGUUUCCUACACUUCAUCACUUCCAGCUCAGGUUGGAACCAUAAUGGACUCCUCCUAUAGUGCCAAUAGGUCAGUUGCUGAUAAAGAGGCCAUUGCAAAUUUCACAAAUCAGAAGAACAUCAGCAAUCCACCUGAUAUGUCAGGGUGGAAUCCUUUUGGAGAGGAUAAUUUCUCUAAGUUAACAGAAGAGGAACUAUUGGACAGAGAAUUUGACCUUCUAAGAUCAAAUAGGCUCGAGGAGAGAGCAUCCUCAGAUAAGAAUGUAGAGUCACUUUCUGCUCCACAUAACCAUCCUCCAGAAGAUCCUUUUGGUUCUGUUCCUUUCAUUUCUCAUUCAGGUUCUUCUGAAAAGAAAGCUGAACAUUCAUCUAUAAAUCAAGAAGAUGGCACUGCAAACCCUAUCAAGAACGGUAAAACAAGUCCAGCAUCUAAAGAUCAGCGGACUGGAAAGAAAACCUCAGUACAGGGUCAAGUGCAAAAGGGGAAUGAUGAAUCUGAAAGUGAUUUUGAAUCAGAUCCCCCUUCUCCUAAGAGCAGUGAAGAGGAAGAGCAAGAUGAUGAAGAAGUUCUUCAGGGGGAACAAGGAGAUUUUAAUGAUGAUGAUACUGAACCAGAAAAUCUGGGUCAUAGGCCUCUCCUCAUGGAUUCUGAAGAUGAGGAAGAAGAGGAGAAACAUAGCUCUGAUUCUGAUUAUGAGCAGGCUAAAGCAAAGCACGGUGACAUGAGCUCUGUCUACAGAGACAGAUCUGGCAGUGGACCAACCCGAGAUCUUAAUACAAUGCUCCUCACCUCAGCCCAGUUAUCUUCUGAUGUUGCGGUGGAGACUCCCAAACAGGAGUUUGAUGUAUUUGGCGCUGUCCCCUUCUUUGCAGUGCGACAACAGCCCCAGCAAGAAAAGAAUGAAAAGAACCUCCCUCAACACAGGUUUCCUGCUGCAGGACUGGAGCAGGAGGAAUUUGAUGUAUUCACAAAGGCGCCUUUUAGCAAGAAGGUGAAUGUGCAAGAAUGCCAUGCGGUGGGGCCUGAGGCACAUACUAUCCCUGGUUAUCCCAAAAGUGUAGAUGUAUUUGGCUCCACUCCAUUUCAGCCCUUCCUCACAUCAACAAGUAAAAGUGAAAGCAAUGAGGACCUUUUUGGGCUUGUGCCCUUUGAUGAAAUAACAGGGAGCCAGCAGCAAAAAGUCAAACAGCGCAGCUUACAGAAACUGUCCUCUCGCCAAAGGCGCACAAAACAGGAUAUGUCCAAAAGUAAUGGGAAGCGGCAUCAUGGCACGCCAACUAGCACAAAGAAGACUCUGAAGCCUACCUAUCGCACUCCAGAGAGGGCUCGCAGGCACAAAAAAGUGGGCCGCCGAGACUCUCAAAGUAGCAAUGAAUUUUUAACCAUCUCAGACUCCAAGGAGAACAUUAGUGUUGCACUGACUGAUGGGAAAGAUAGGGGGAAUGUCUUACAACCUGAGGAGAGCCCGUUGGACCCCUUCGGUGCCAAGCCCUUCCAUUCUCCAGACCUGUCAUGGCACCCUCCACAUCAGGGCCUGAGCGACAUCCGUGCUGAUCACAAUACUGUCCUGCCAGGGCGGCCAAGACAGAAUUCACUACAUGGGUCAUUCCAUAGUGCAGAUGUAUUGAAAAUGGAUGAUUUUGGUGCUGUGCCCUUUACAGAACUUGUGGUGCAAAGCAUCACUCCACAUCAGUCCCAACAGUCCCAACCAGUCGAAUUAGACCCAUUUGGUGCUGCUCCAUUUCCUUCUAAACAGUAGAUACUUCUGAUGGAUUCUUGGCAUCAACUCCUGUUUCAAAAAAGUGUGAAUAGUUUUAUGAAUUUGAAAGAAAAUUUGGUAGCUCUUUAUAUCAUUCAUUCUUAAAGAUCAGUCAGAAUAGGUGAUUUCUAAAUAAACCAAAUAGAAAAAUGAAGUCUCUCUACAGGGUAGUAACUUGAUUCCUCUUCAGGAGAAAAGGGAGCUAAAUUGCAAGCUCUAACUAAGGGUUUCUGCUACUGACAUCACAACACAGAAAUGUAAGUGUGGUACUUCCAGUGAAAGCACAUGGCACCUUUCUAGGUGUGUAGCCACUGAGAAGAGACAGUGAAACUUAUUUUUGAUAUCAGAAUGUCAUUUUUAUGUGCAUAUCCCUAAAAUUAGGGUUAUUUGUACAUACACUAGUUACACUUGUGAAUUUUUUUAAGGUCUCUUCUAAUUUCCAGACAGUUAAAAACAAUCUAGUUCUCUUAAAGCAUUAGAAAGUUAUUAUCUAGAGAGUGCAGAGAUUUCAGUCCGUACACCUUUCUCCACAAAGCAGAGCCAGAAGUAACUGACUAUUGUGCCUAAAACUGUUUCAUUUUUAAAAACAAGUGCCAUUAAUAUGGAAUAUCUAAUGAUAAGCAUAUGAAAUGAUGUGUAAUUAGCUCAAUUUAACUAUUCCACAAUUUACAUAUUCCAAAACAAUGUUAUUCAUGAUAAAUAUAUAUAAUUUUUGUCAGUUAAAACAAAUUAAAAAAAGGACUAUCGCAUAGAAGCCUAGAACAAAAAUAUGAAGAGAAAUAUCUGACAUUUGUAAAGAAAUUAUAAGAAGAAAAAAUGAUACAGAAUAGAAAACAUUCACUACUUUAGAAACACUUUAUGCAUGGCUUCUUGCCCCAAACUUUUAUUGUGAUGGCCCUAAUAAAGCAGAUUAUUGGAAAAAUUGGAGUGAGGACAAGGGUUGUAUAAAAAUUUUAUUUUAUGAAGAAAAUAUGUAGCGGAAACUGAAUUUUCAAGACAUUUACAAUGUGAAAUCAUGUUGCAUAUAAUAAUGUACUUUAUUAGCAACUUCACCAAAUAUUCCCCAAGUCAUAAGCAACAAUUAUUUUUAUUAGGUUUGGGGGGUGGAGUAGUUUUAAUAAAGUGCACAGAACGGUGACACCCACAAAGCCUUAUAUUAAAGGCAGGAUUCAUGCAUCCUGCUGCAAGUACCUCUGCACUAAUACACCAGAUCCUAAAAUGCAUAUAAGGUGAACUAGCAUCUUAAUUCUGCUAGUUGAUUGUGUCUUUACUGAAAAGAACCCAGCUACCAAUUUGCCUUUUUUGUACACCACAAAUCCUAAUUAGAAACUUGAGGUUUUAUAGAAAUCAUUUAAUGAUGGAGAUUACAUAUGUGAAUUAAUGUGAAUAUAGUAUCUGUGCUUCCUGUGUCUGACUAUUUUAAGAUAUAAUUGUGCUGCGCUAUCAGAUUAACAUUUGGAAGUUUCUAGAACAGUUAAUGCUAUUUACAGAAAGGAGUGGAAACUCAUCAACUGGCACUGUCUUUGAUUUUUAUAUUUUAAAUUAACUCUCUUCGAUCUCAAAGUAUAUUUUAUGAGUAAUUUUAUUAGGAAUCUCUUAAUUAUAGUGCCCCAAUGGGAUAAGCUAUUUGCCUAUUUUCACAGUUCUGAACUUGGAAAGAAGCAAAGUAUAUGUAACUAAACCACAUAUUUGUCUUUUUAUUGCUUUUUCCCUUCUUUUAUAUGCUAAAUCAAAUACAGAUUUGUGGACAGGGAAGCAAUAUGUGAAUCACAAUGUAGCAGAGGCAGACCAAGCAUUACGUUAUUAUUUAGAGCUGGACUGCACCAAUUACUUGUCCUCGUGCCAAAGGCAAAUAUGUUUGCACCUUUUUUUUUUUUCUGAUUCUCAGGUUGAUUAAUACUGCUAAUGCAAAUGCUCAAGUAGAUGUUUAAAAACUUUACAAAAUAGAUUCAAGUGAUACUUUCUUUUAAAAGUGAAGAGUUGAUGAUUACACAUAGUAAAUUCAUGAACUACAGUAGGUUUGUAUCAAACAAUUUUUUUAAAUGAAAAUCUGUUGAGGUGUACACAAUAUGCUUCUUGAUUGUAUUAGUCCUUGGUCUCUGCUAGACCUCAUGAGUUUCAUCAUUUAGAAAAGAGGUAGAGGAUGAACUAAUGCGGUCUCCUUCAGAUGUAAGCAUGAAAUACCUAGAGUUUUACUUGCUUUUCAAUACACUGAAUAAUUUUAAAUGAUUCUGACGCUGAUGUAGACCCUUAUAAAUUCUGAGGAAACAACUCUGACAGCAUAAAAUAUUUACAUUCUUAUAACACAGCACAGUGACUUUCUUCUUUCAAGAUUGUAGCUCAGAGAAAAGAUACAGGAUUCAAUUGGGGGUUCAAUAGGAUAGAAAUGGAGAGAUUCCUUUGUGUUGUAGUAGAGGCAUUUUCCUAAGGAGUAUAGAUUUAUACUUUGCAUUUUCAUUCAUCAUCCCCCAGAAUCAUGGUCAAGGUAUAGGUCACUCCACACAGCUGAUGCUCAGGUUAUUCCCUUGUGAGAAUUACGAGAAUAAAGCUCCCAAGAUAUGUGAAAGUGCUUAACACAGUACCUGGCACACAGCACUCAAUAAAAGUUUGGCUGUAUUAUGGGAUGGUUCAAUUCUGGUUUAAGGAAGGAAGAAAGGUUAUAUAUAUGUACCACUAAGCAAAUAUAUAUAUAUAUAUAUAUAUUUGGGAUUUUUUUCCUAAUAUUAUUUGGGUGUCCCCUGUGCUUCUUUAGGAUGUAGUUAUAACUAAACCUGUUAUACUUGAACAUCACUAAGAGAAGUAAAUUAUUAUGAAGCUAGCAAAAAUCGAGGCCAAAGUUGUUUCCUAACAGCUUUAAUAAUGCUUGUUGAUUUUGAAUAAUCCUUUAAAAAGUGGACCAUUUGCUUAUUUUAAUAUCACAUCAGUAAAAUGUUAGUAUUAAAAAGAUCAGCUUUUUAUGGCAUUGAAGAAUGUAUCUGCUAAGACACAAAAAUUCCAUGGUAAGUAUAUUAGGUGGAGGAGGAAAGGUUGCAGGCCAGAUGAAAAUUUAACUGACUAGAACAUUUAUUCAGGAGUGUAAUUAUUUUCCCUUACCCCAAUCCCUGUGUACGUGUUGGGCAUAGUUAUGACAUUAUCCAGAUUUGCUUGGUACUUCACGUAAGCACUGUUAGAAGGUACAAGUGUAUUAAUAUCACUAGUUUUGAGGAGCUUGGGUACAUUUGUUUUUAAUAUAUUUAGAAUGUGCAGUAAACUUUUUUCUCAUUUUUUUUUCUUUUAGCAAACUUGUUAUUUUAGGUCCAAUUAUUGAGUUGACAGUCUACUGUGAGAAUGAGAUGACAUAUCUACUGUGAGAAUACCAUAAAUGAUGAAUAGUUUAUUUGAGAACUUUUAUACUCAGUGGUGUUUUAUAUAUUAAGAUAAAAAUAUGUACACACAUGCAUGUCACAUCUCUCUACUGUGGAGUUAAUGUGAAUUUUUUAAAAAUGGAAUUGCAACCACAAUCAUAUCUAAGAGAACAUUCACUCCUAGUGAGGGUUUACAAAAGCUACUAAGAGAAUAAGGUAGAUGAUAAUGCAAAGGGUCAUGAUUUGGGGUUAUUUUUGUUUUAUUUUAAAAUUUAUAGUGCUACUUUUGAAAGGAUUGUUUUUAUGACUAUGCUUUUUGUGAUUGAAAAGUCAUCUAAUAGAAGCAUAUAGAAGCUACUUUUUAAUUGCUGGCAAACAGCUUUAAGUGCACUUUCUUUGAUUACACUUCCAUUUUUUGUUAAACUUGAAUUUUCUGAAGCCUUUUAUGUACCACUAAGCAAAUAACUUUAACCUUUAAAUAAAGCAAAUUUACAUCUUUAUUGUAUUUCUACUUGUUACAAAACAUACUUGCUAAAGUAACUUCAGUCCUCAAAUAUAGCUGGGAAACAGUUAUGAGAUAGACUCAGUCUCCCCCUCCCACCCCUUUCCCCCUGCCGUAUCUAAUUAAGCACUAACUGAUUUUAUUACUUUAUUGCCUUUACAUUGCUUAUUCUUUUUGACUGAAUUCUGUCCCUGAUUCACUAUGUUUUGUUUGAAAUUUAAAGUUAUUUUCUUACUGUAUUUAUCAUACCUGUUUUAAUCUGUUUUCUUUAAAUGCAAUAAAUCCCAAAUGGAUUGCAUAUUCUUUAUAA